AGCGUUGUCCCUCGUUGCGUUCCGAACCCGGUGUGCAAGGAAAGCCAACCGAUAAAGUGCAUUCGAGACAGUGCAGUAAAAGUGCCAACGUGAAGGAAACAGAACUGACCACGGGUGUUUAAUUGCGCACAGUACAGUAGCCCCAGGGGUACGCUAAAUACAGCAAAAAAUAAAAAGAGUUUGUAGUUGCCAGUAAAGUUCAACGUACCGGGAAUGAGACGAAACCGUUCCUUCCAGGGUUCGACGGUAGUGCUGGUGCUGUGGGCCGUUGUGGCCUGCAGCGAGCUGAUGCUGCACCCGGUACGGGCCGAUGCACCGAAAAAACGAUGCCUCACCAAACCAACCGUCUCGAAGAAGGUGGAUAUGGUUAUCCACCAGUGCCAGGAGGAGAUCAAAUCCAACCUGAUCGAGGAUGCGCUCAAGAUUUUCACUGCUGAGCACGGACAGUGGCACGAUCGUCGCAAACGGGAUGCCGAUGACGGUACGGUGGACUUUUCGCACCCAACAAUUGUUUCCCAUGAGGACAAAUGGAUUGCGGGGUGUUUGAUGCAGUGUGUGUAUAAGAAAAAUAAUGCAAUCGAUAAAAACGGUUGGCCCACGCUGGACGGAUUGGUCAGCCUGUACACGGAUGGCGUAAAUGAGCAUGGCUACUUUAUGGCCACACUACGGGGCGUUGAUCGAUGUCUCAAGGGUACGUCGAAGAAGUAUCAGAUCAAACGGAACGAUGCGGCCGAAAAUUUCGAACAGUGUGAGGUCGCGUUCGACGUGUUUGAUUGCAUUUCGGACAUGAUUACGGACUAUUGCAGCGGCCAGACGGAGAAUGAUCAUUAAGCAUGGAUCGUGA